CACGGGAAGGGGCAGUUCUCCACCCCCAAAGGAGAGAUCUAUCACGGGGAGUUUGUUCAAGGCAAGAAACAGGGGGAAGGGAUCAUGCAGCAGGAUCACGAUGAUGGAGCACAAUACAUGGGGGAGUGGGUGCGAGGAUACCGGCACGGUCGGGGAACGGGCAAGUGGCCGGACGGGAGCAUGUACAUGGGGCAGUGGCUGGAGGGGCAGGUAGGAGGGGCAGGGAAGCACACCUGGGCGGACGGAUCCUGUUAUCAUGGGGAACAUACGAGUGGUGUGCGGCAUGGAAGGGGGAGAAUGCAGUACGUCGAUGGCUCGCGGUAUGAAGGAGAUUAUGAGGCAGGCUACAAGCAUGGCAACGGAAGAUCAGCCCAUGGGGACUUAUACGAGGGAAGGUUCGUGGAGGACAGCAUGCACGGUAUCGGCACCUACCAAUCAGCCCAUGGGGAGGUUUACGAGGGCGAGUGGCUGAACCACUUGCCGCACGGGACAGGAAAGUAUGUGCAGGCCAACGGGAACCAGUACGAGGGAGACUUCUUGCGAGGAAAGAGGACGGGGAAGGGGACCUUGAGAUACAGCAAUGGAGAUGUGUAUGAGGGAAGCAUGGAAGACGGCAAGCCGUAUGGGGAAGGU